AUGGUAAACACUCCCUUUGUUAAGUACACCCAAUGGAUAAAUCUGGAAGCAUUGAUAUACUAUGAAUUUUACCAGUUUCAGCCAUGGUAUAUAACUGAUGUUAAUGAUGAUGAUCUCUUGGGUGUUGAACUCAUGGAAAUGGAAGGUGAUGAUUCAUGGAAAGCUGAUCGUGUUAUUGACGAUGUCACGAAGGCGAAGGGUUCGAAUGAUGUGAAAAGGACGGUAAAGCACAAGAAGCUUGGCGUCAGGCGAGGUGUCCCGUUGGGCAGCUCAAGCCGGAAGUUCGAGAUCCUCCGGCGGGGUUCUCCAAGCAAACGCACGGCUCGUUCUGAGUCACUUGUCUCAGAGAAAGCUGACAAGUCGAGACGAUACCGGUCAGUCAUUGAUGGAAUAAAAGUUUUCAUGACGUUUGUUUAUGGAGACCCUGUAUUAGAACGUAGGGACCAAGUAUGGGAACGUCUUACGCGUUUCUCGACAACACGAAAUGGACCUUGGUUCAUGAUAGGUGAUUUUAACGAAAUAACGGACCACAGCGAGAAAGAGGGAGGGAGAAAGCGAUCUGAUAGCUCCUUCUUACCUUUCAAGCAGAUGUUAAGUCACUGUGGAAUGCUGGAAUUUCCAUUUACUGGGAAUAAGCUUUCAUGGGUGGGGAAAAGAUCAAGGGGAAUAACUGUUAGAUGCAGAUUGGAUAGAGCAGUGGGUAAUGAGGAUUGGCAUGAAAAGUUCCCCCACACCGUGACAAAGUACCUUAGGCUGUGGGGAUCGGAUCAUCGUCCGAUCCUUGCGGAUAUUCUCACAAAGCCAGUCAGGAGAAAGAAAAAAUUUAAAUUUGAUAAGCGGUGGCUGGAUAAUGAGGAAUUAAGGAAUGUCAUUCUCGAAGGUUGGAAGUCAGAGGACUUGCCUCCAGAUGCGAAUAUAAUGGAGCAUAUUGCUAGCUGUCGGAAAGCACUGAGUCAAUGGAGGAUACAAAACAAUGUGAAUUCGGCAAAGCAAGUCGAGGAGCUAAAGGAGAAGGUGGAGGGACUGUAUUUGGAUGAUGAUGCUACUACAGAGGAAAUAUCGGCAGCUCUGAAGGAAUUAUCUACUGCUCUUAAGGCAGAAGAGAUGUUUUGGAGACAGAAAAGUAGGGUUCUUUGGUUAAGGGAGGGCGAUAGGAAUUCAAAAUAUUUUCAUGCGUUGGUGAAGCAAAGAAGAGCAAGGAAUAGGAUAACGCAACUCCUGGAUGAGAAUGGAAAUAUAGUGGAGGAUGAGGAGGGACUAGUAGCCAUUGCUACUAGUUAUUUUAGGCAAAUAUUUGAAUCCUCUGACCCAGAGGAUAUAGCUGAGGCACUAUCAGAGGUUCCAACAACGAUCACAGGGGCAAUAAACGCAGAUCUCACAGCCCCUGUAACUGAAUGGGAGGUAAAAUUAGCAUUAUUUGCUAUGCAUCCGGAAAAAGCCCCAGGACCAGAUGGAAUGACAGCUCUCUUUUAUCAAAAGUUCUGGGAUAUUGUCAAAGAUGAUUUAACUCGUAUGGUUAAUCAAUUCCUUUUUGAAGGAACAAUGGCACAGGGCCUUAAUGAUACGAAUAUUUGUUUAAUCCCUAAGACGACAAAACCGAAUGAGAUGACUAAAUUUAGACCUAUCAGUCUAUGUAAUGUCAGCUACAAGAUAAUAUCUAAGGUCUUAUGCCAAAGAUUGAAGAAGGUUCUCCCACAGAGAAUAUCAGAGACCCAGUCAGCCUUCGUUGCUGGGAGACAAAUCACGGAUAAUAUCAUGAUAGCUCAGGAGAUGUUCCAUGCUUUGAGAACUAAGCCGGGAGGAAGAGUUAAACGGAUGGCCAUUAAGACUGAUAUGAGUAAAGCAUAUGAUAGGAUGGAAUGGUCAUUCAUUGAAGCAGUCAUGCGAAAGAUGGGCUUCUCCGAAAUGUGGAUUGACUGGAUUAUGCGAUGCAUUACUUCGGUCAAGGUUCCAGCGAACGUUAGACAGCAGAUCAAGGACACUCUUGGUAUACAAAAUGAAGGUGGGAUGGGCUCAUAUCUAGGAAUCCCAGAGGAUAUUAGUGGUUCAAAGUGCAAAUUAUUUGCCUUCCUAAAGGAGAAGCUCCUACAUAGAGUGAAUGGCUGGACUGGUAGAUGGUUAUCGAAGGGUGGGAAGGAGGUUUUGAUUAAAUCGAUAUUGCUAGCUCUCCCGACCUAUGUUAUGUCCAGCUUCCUGCUUCCUUUGGAGAUAUGUGAGAACUUAGCAAGUGCCAUUGCACAGUUCUGGUGGAGCUCGAAUCCUCCGAAAAGAGGAGUUCACUGGGCAAAAUGGGAAAAGAUGUGUGCUCCUAGAGAAGAGGGAGGAAUUGGUUUCCGUAUGAUCCAUGAAUUUAACCUAGCUCUUCUAGCUAAGCAGCUGUGGCGACUUGUGCAAUUUCCGGAUUCACUAGUAGCGAGAGUUCUCCGAGGAAGAUAUUACCGUCUCAGUUCGCCGUUGCGAAUAGGCACUGUGGAUUCUCCAUCUUAUGUAUGGACAAGUAUAACUGCCGCGAGGAAGUUAUUACUUCUGGGAAUUAGAAGUAAGGUGCACUCAGGGUACAAAAUUAAUGUGUGGGAAGAUCCUUGGAUCCCUACGAUGCCAGCUAGGCCGGCUCAUGCCCGAGCUCCAGCGGUGAAUCCUAAGAUGCUUCUCAGCAGCCUUAUUAAUCCUGUUACCAAAGAGUGGGAUACUCGACUAUUGGAACAAUAUGUAGCUCAAGAAGAUAUCCCGAUGAUUCUGAGUCUCACCAUUAGUCCUACUCAUCGACGUGAUACAUUUAGCUGGAGUUACACAAAGACUGGACAAUAUACUGUCAAAUCGGGAUAUUGGGUUGCAACAAACUUGAUGAGAGACGAAGAGGAGCUACAAAUAGCCGUAACAAGAAAUUUGGUACGCCGCAACAUGAGAUGUGAUAAUUAUUGCCCAAGAUGUGGAGCGCCAGAAGAGACCGUUACUCAUGCUAUCUUCGAGUGUCCACCGGCCUUACAAGCAUGGGAGUUAUCAUCAACACCAUCGAGCUCUGAAAUCUUUCCUGUAUCGAGUAUUUACGCUAAUAUGGACUUUCUUUUUUGGAGAAAGAAUGAUAUUCUGGAACCAGAAGAGGAUAGAGAUCCUUAUCCUUGGAUAAUUUGGUAUAUCUGGAAAGCUAGGAAUGAUAAGUUGUUCAGAGGCAUAGACAGAGAUCCAUUGGAGCUAGUCAGAUAUGCAGAGAGUGAGUGCCAAGCUUGGUACAAUGCAAGAGACUCUGUACCGGUUAUGCCAAAUGUACAGACUAUUGAAGAAUCCCAAGUCUUAAGCUUGGGAUGCAAUAGGAAAGAUACAACUCAUGGGGUCAAGGAACUUACGGAGGAGGGAGACAUCGCUACACUCGGAACUGGAAGCUUUAAAGUGGGCAAUGGAGAGCAUGAUACAACACUCGACUUGUCAAAAGUUUGGGACAGACUGCAAGGAUUUGAUAGCAAUGAUGGAGCAGCCACAAGAUUGGCCCAACUUCUCAACUGA